CGUCCACGGAGGAGGAUGCACGUCCGUUCAAAGGGACGCUGUUAGACCCAUUCAAACAGCAAGAACGCGGCUUGCGUCUCAGCUUCCACCGUUUCUUUUCAAGUGAUGCUUUGGUAAAAAAAGAGGAAUCACACGAAGAGGACACAAGUAAAAGCACCAAAAACAAAAUGGCAGAUAAGGACAGCGUGGAGAAAUACUUGGAGAACAACCCGCAGUUCGCCAAAGAGUACUUCGAUAAGAAGUUGCGUGCCGAGGCCCUGAGCGCCGCUUUCUCCGAGCCCCUCAACAUCAAGGACACAGCCUCGUUUAAGGAUGUUAACUCGGUGCAGGAGGCCGCCAUCAUCUUCGAGCUGCUCCAGGAGCUCCAGAAGCAGACGACCAUCGAGAAGAACCUCCACAAGGUGCUGCAGAGAACCGCUCUCAUCUUGCAGGCCGACAGGGUCAGCUACUACAUCUGCCGCUCCAGAAACGGAAUCCCCGAGCUCGCAACCUGCCUCUUCGACGUGACCCCGACCUCCAAAUACGAGGCCAACCUGGUGAACCCGCAGAGUGAGAUCGUGAUCCCCACUGACAUGGGAAUAGUGGGCUACACAGCCACUUCCAAGAAGCCCCAAAACGUUCCGGACAUUACUAAGAAUACAAAGUUCUGCGACUUUGUGGAUAAACAAACUGGAUACAAGACCAAAUGCAUAAUGUCCUACCCCAUGGUUGCUGACAAAGACUGCCUUGGAGUCAUCAUGGUGCUUAACAAAAUAGGAGCUGAUGCAUUCACGCCAGAGGAUGAGAAGCUUUUCCAUAAGUACAUGACUUUUGCUCAAGUCAUUUCUCUGCAGUAUCACACAGCCUACAUGUUCAAUGUGGAGUCCAGGAGGAGUCAGGUGCUGCUCUGGUCUGCCAGCAAAGUUUUUGAAGAGUUGACAGACAUUGAGAGGCAAUUCCACAAAGCUCUCUACACCGUGAGGACCUACCUGCAAUCUGAGCGUUACUCAGUGGGGCUGUUGGACAUGACUAAAGAAAAGGAAUUUUAUGACGAGUGGCCUGUGAAACUAGGAGAUGUGGAACCCUAUAAAGGACCAAAAACACCGGAUGGCAGGGAAAUCAACUUUUAUAAGAUCAUUGACUACCUCCUUGAAGCCAAAGAAGAAAUUAAAGUCAUACCAGGUCCACCUGCAGAUCACUGGGCUCUGGUCAGCGGACUGCCGUCUUAUGUGGCAGAAAACGGCUUUAUUUGCAACAUGAUGAACGUUGCUGCAGAUGACUACUUCACUUUCCAGAAAGAGGCAGUGGAUGAGUCGGGUUUCAUCAUCAAGAACGUCCUGUCGCUGCCCAUCGUCAACAAGAAGGAAGAAAUUGUGGGCGUCGCCACCUUCUUCAACAGAAAGGAUGGCAAACCGUUUGACGAGUAUGACGAGCAGAUCACCGAGGCCCUGACACAGUUCCUGGGGUGGUCGGUGUUGAACUGUGACACCUACGACAAGCUGAACCGUAUGGAAUGGAGGAAAGACAUUGCCCAGGAGAUGCUCAUGUACCAAACCAAAUGCACCUCGGACGAGAUGCAGUCCAUUCUGAACACCAAGGAGAAGUUUGAUGCUGAACCUGAAGACUGUGACCAGAAGGAGAUGUACAAAUUACUGAGGGCAAACUGCCCACCUGCCGACAACGUGGACGGAGAAAAUCUGUACAACUUCGGCUUCAGCGACUUCCCCGUCACAGAGCAUGGCCUCAUUAAAGCUGGCAUCCGCAUAUUCUUUGAGCUUGGGGUGGUCGAAAAGUUUAAAGUUCCCCCAGAAACUCUGACUAGGUGGAUGUAUACUGUGAGAAAGGGUUACCGUGCCAUUACAUACCACAACUGGAGGCAUGGCUUCAAUGUAGGCCACACCAUGUUCUGUCUACUGCAGACAGGGAGACUGAGGAAGUACUACUCAGAUCUAGAUGCCUUCGCCAUGGUGGCUGCGGCUUUCUGCCACGAUAUCGACCACAGAGGAACAAAUAACCUCUACCAGACAAAGAGUGCAUCUCCUCUGGCCAAACUUCAUGGCUCCUCCAUUAUGGAGAGACACCAUUUGGAAUACAGCAAGACACUCAUGGGAGAGGAGACUUUGAACAUCUUCUGCAAUCUGCAGAAGCGUCAGUUUGAGACUGUGCAGCACUUGUUCGAUGUUUGCAUUAUUGCCACUGAUCUGGCCCUUUACUUCAAGAAGAGAACCAUGUUCCAAAACAUUGUGAAUGCCACAGAACCAAUGGCAGAUGAAAAAGAGGCCAUCGCCCACAUUUCUAACAACCCCAUCAGGAAGGAAAUUAUCAUGGCCAUGAUGAUGACAGGCUGCGACUUGUCAGCCAUCACCAAACCCUGGGAGGUGCAGAGCAAGGUGGCUCUGAUGGUUGCAGCUGAAUUCUGGGAACAGGGCGAUUUGGAAAGAAACGUUUUGGACCAGCAGCCAAUUCCCAUGAUGGACAGAAACUGUGCAGAACAGCUACCCAAGAUGCAAUGUGGUUUCAUCGACUUUGUGUGCUCAUUUGUGUACAAGGAGUUCUCCAGGUUCCACAAAGAGAUCACACCCAUGUUCGACGGUCUGAACAACAACAGGGCACACUGGAACGAGCUGGCUGAGGUGUACAAUGCAAAGAUGAAGGCCAUUGAAGAUGAAAAGAAGAAGCUGGAAGAGGAGGAAGCCAAGAAAGCUGGUGGUGGUGAGGGAGGGAAGUCGAAGACCUGCACCAUCUGUUAGGCUUCUCUGUUUCAUGGAUCUGGACUCAAAUGGACUGACUAGGACUGAUAUACACAUCUCUAGUCUUAAAGUCAUCCUCAAAGCCAUCAGUUUUUGGAGUUUGUCCUCUGAACUAAGCUAGUUCUCUCUGGUCCCUCUGCGGAUGCGGCACCCCGGUUUGGUCCAGUUGUUUCCAGCUAGUCCAGAGUAGUUAGCGCCGAUCUGGAUUGCAUGAACUGAUCUCCAAGCAGGGAGGAAGAAUUGGAGCCGGAAGUAACAGUGGGACUCUGCACAGAGAAGAUCUUAUCGAGAAGGAAUGUGUGAAACUUCUUCCUCCCUUUGUUUUGAACAGUGACUGAAAACAUGCAAACUCACUAUAUAAUUUUAUGUAAGACUUUUUUUUUUUGGCAUGCUUGAAAUCAUGUUGCGAUAAAUUUAGCUGCUCCCCGCGCUGAGAUUCAAAUCUUUUAAUGUAGACAGUUAAAUAGGUCAUUGUUGAGCUAUGCCAAAGCAAUAGCAUUCAGUGUCCCUUUGGCAAUCAUAAGCACAAUGUAUAAUCAUACUUUAAGCUGCACAAUGCACAUGGCUGCUGCUGUUUUAGCAGCCAAACCACAGAGAGAGUGAGGGCCAACUGGGAGGAUAAAGACUUUUCAAAUGUAGUGAUGGGGACCCGUUAAAGGCGCUUAUAAAGAAAUAUGAAUUUAUUCCCUUCAGCACAUAAAGAGCAUCUGAUGGCUCUGUUCAUGCUGUAAAGGCGAUAGGCACAGGGAGCAAUGGCGCCAAAACAAUUAGGAAAGACAAUGUCUUUCCUGCAAAGGGACUAAUGAGUCGUCUGAACGUAUGCUCAUUUUAAUAUGCUAUUCAUCUAUACAUUUAUUUUUUUUUCUAGAUUAUGGGUAUUUUGUACAUCAACUGUCUUCAACUUGAGAUGAGCUUUGAUAGAGGCUGUUCUGAAAUGAUGCAGAGCUGUGUUAUGAUGCAAAGUGUACAGUUUGUCUUGCAAAAAUAUUCACACCUCUGGUUCAUUUUUAGCUUUUUGUCACUUUAUAGCCAAGAACACAAAUGUGUUUAAUGGGGAUUUUAAGACAGAAACCAACACAAAACAGUGCUUGAUUGUAAAAAGGAAGAACUACAAUAUGAGUAAAAUUCAGAGUAUGCAGAAUGCAGGUAUUUUGGGGUUUGCCUCUACUACCUUUAGGCUUCUGGAAACUUUGUCCAGUCUUAUUUGCAAAACAGCUCAAUGUCAGUACGACUGGACGGAGAAAAUCUGCAAACAUUAAUCUAUCUACUGGAAGGUGAACCCUUUCAAAAGUCUCGUAUUUUGCAGCCGUUAGCCAGUUUUCUUUCCGGAUAGCCAUGUAUUUAGCUUCAGCCAUCUUCCAGUCAGCUCCAACCAGCUUUCCUGUCCCUGCUAAAGAAAACCCCACAGCAUGCUGCUCCCACCACCGUGUAUCACAGUGGGGAUGUGGUGUUCAGGAUGUUGUGGUGUUGGCCUUUCAACGGAAUCUCUCACAUAAACUUCAGCUCAUAACUCCUCCAGAGUUACAGAAGGCCUAUAAAUAACUUGUGUAUGGAUCAUUUUUACUACUUAAGUGACUUCUGAAGGCAGUUGAUCAAACUGGAUUUUAUUUAGGGGUAUGAAAGUAAGUUUUUGGCUGUAUUGUGACAAAAUGUGAUGAAACUCAAUAGGUGGGAAUUCUUCUCCAUGUUCCUGUAUGUCUUUGUGAAAUUUAAGAUCACUUGUAAACUAAUUGUUUUAUUUCAGACUUAUUCCAUGCUGAAGCUCAUCUAUUCUCAUGCUAUCAUCUGUAUACACUUUGCUACAUAGAUAUAACUUUUGAAUUGUAUGAACCUGUUUAUGAGAGAAGCAUAAAAAGCUGCAAGAGCAACCCCUCCUUCACGAGUCAAACAGAUCAACAGUUCUGCUUCUCCUUUAAGAAGCUUUAACAGGAUUUGAUUGCCAGCCAGUGUUUGAGAUCCACACAGCUUUGGACUUUAAAUACCCGUCUUAUACAGGAGCUUUAUCGUAUCCAAGUGAAAACGGCCUACGCUUGUAAAGAUCCAAACUAUUGGUUCAUUGAUUGUGUGACUGUUGAGGGCAAAGUUUUCCACUUCCCUCCCUGACCAACUUUGUGUAAAUCAAUAUGUUUCUUUGUAAACUAGCCGACCUGGUCAUGCGCCUGAGGUCACAGUGCAACGUCAGCAUACCUCCUGUUCCACGAGGUAAAAAGUGAGCAGUGGCUCUUAGCGUCCUGUUACGCAACAUCAUCUCCUCUAAUCAAAGAGGCAUCAAUCAGGGGCAUUUAAUCCCAUCAGCACAGCUUUGCGUCUACUUGGAAACUCCUCGUUUGCUGCCUGAGGUGAAGUGAAGAGCUGUUAUAAUUACUCGAGCCCGAGAGCUUUGAUGAUUCCACUAUGAAUUUACAGCGCUGACUUUGGUGCAAACCUUUUAUAAGAAUGCUCCAGUUCCGUCUAAAAGGGAUAAAAGUCUUCCCUGCUUUUUCUUUGAAUGUUUUUGAGAGAUGUGAAAAAAAAUGCACUGUAUGCUACUUUGUACUUAUCCUAAGAAUUGUCAUUACGACGCUAGAGUUCUGUCUUUGAAUGUAUAAAAUGACAUCAAAUGUAUGUACAAGUCAUGAAAUGUAAUAUCUGUAAGCAAAUGUAGGAAGGAGGUUUAAAAAAUAAAGAGUAACUCAUUUCUCAUUAUGAAAAA